AUGAACCGAACAACUGAACUUAUGCCCAGCUUCCGGCGCAUGAAUAGGACGGAAAUUACUGGGGAUAGGACAAGACAUGUUCUAACCUUCAAUCCCAAUUCUGCCAAACCCGGAGAAGAAAUUUACGUUAAUAUUGCAAAGCUAAAAGCCGACUCCGUUCUUGUACCGGAUAGUAUGGCUUUAGUUUUCGACUUUAAGAACAGCAAUACAAAAUCCUGGUUCAGGAACAACCUAGGGAAACUGCUCCAAAAGAGACUGGAAAUCCGACUCGCAGGAGAAAAGGUCUACGACAACAGCGGGGAAAGCCUACUGGAAGUCUACAAAGACCUAUGGUUGCACAACAAGCAGCGCGAUGAUAUGGUAGAGGAUGGUAUCGCCAGCGAAGCCACAAGGAAGAAGAUAUCCAAAGACGCCGCCGCAAACGACGAUGCAGAGGCUACCGCAUUGUUCCGUGUAUUCGGAACAAAACAAAAAAUCCGGAUCAACAAAAUCCUCAAAGAUUACGGACUUGAUGCACCACACAACAUGGCAAACGACUUACAAUAUGUAAUCACCCUACCCACAGCGGCCGAAAUCAUGAACGCACAGGGUGGAGAAUCUGUGGAAGGAUACACCAUAGAAAACAUCGAACUGGAAUACGAGUCCAUCGACAACAUCGAUCUUGCAAGGAAAGCAGAGGGUCUGUAUGGAUCCGAACGCGAGUUAUCCUUCGAAUAUGCUACCCUCAUGAAGAAAAUGGAAUGGAGCAAAGAUUCCACCAUUAUCAACGAAACGAUCAACGUACCACGCAGAAGUAUGAAAGCCAUUGUCAUGCUAUUCACAAACAAGACGAAGACAGACAGUGAGGAAUAUAUCUACCCCAACAUCGAAAAGGUUAGGGUAACCAUAGAAGGUGUUCCUAAUGCUGUCUAUAGCCAGGGUAUCCCAAAAACAAGGUUAUACGAGGAGGCAAGGCGACUGUUCG